AUGACUCCCGCUGCCGUCCCCCAAUUUAUUGACUCCUACCUCAUACUCUCAAUCUCCCCCAGUGCCACGAAAUCAGAGCGCUUCCAGCAACUGCAAGACGCAUACGAUGCGAUCAAGGCGGCAAGAGCACGCAAAAAUCAGGAUGCGCUUCGAGACCAGUAUUUAGCUGCUCGAGAAGCAGCAAAAUUCGCCGCAGAAGCCGCAAUAUUAGCAGUAAGAAAAGCUGAGCAGAAAUGGGAGAGAUGGGAGAGAGGCCAUGGUAUGGUGCGCUAG